UUAUCUAUUUUGUAAUUGACACGUCAGCUCUGCAGUUGAGCAGUUUUCAAAACAAUCUGCUCUCUGCUCAACCCAUUUCUGAUCCAUUUCAUCUUGUGCAUUCGCAAUCUAUUGUAUCUUGUGCAUUUGGUUUGCUCUGUUAAUGGGCCCUGCAUAUUCCAUUUCAUGUUCUCUGCAAAAAAUCUCAGCUUUCGGGCACUGAAUAUGGUGUGUAUAAUUCAUUCAAUACAUGUCUUCAUUGCAAUGUUUCUUAUGACUAUUGCAAAUUUGUUUAAGAGAUACGAGAGAUGGAAUCCUGUCCAUCCAACCUAUGGUGCCUUUUGGGGCUUAGGAAUAGGUGUUGGAUGUGGGGUUGGAUGGGGUCCUGGAUUCGGUCCUGAAGUCAUUGGGUAUGUUGGAGCUGGAUGUGGUGUGGGAUUUAGUGUUGGUGUCACAUUUGUUGGUGUUGGUGUUGGCCUUCCUGCCAGUGGUCUGACCAGUGUUCCUUAUAAUGCUGUUUCAGCAACUGGCUAUGGAGUGAUUGACUUUGCAAAAUACAAUGCAGUUCCUGCAAUUACACAUGUUGCAGGGCUGGGUCGGGACUAUGCAAUUCCACAUAUUUCCGAAUUUGGAAGGAAGACUUCUGCAGAAUUCUCAAAGCUUAGAUUCGAGUAUUUAUUACACUGGAAUAAGCAUGCCAAAAAUGCAGAGAAUAUAAUUAACGAUCAGUUGAGUGGCUUAAGAAAACAUGUUCUGGAGAAUGCACCAAAAUCUCUAGGAUAUUUUAGUUUUGGCAAACCUCAAACUUCUAGGUUUCCUCAAAUUCUAGAUAAAUCGAGUUCAUCAGGGAGCAAGGCUAUGAAAAAUGAGUAAGGAUUAUUUGUAUAACCUUUCUCUCAGUGUAUAAAAUUACUUUACUUUUUCUGUGUAGGUUUGAAUGGCUUUAUCAGCUUGCGACACAUAUCUUUCAUUAGAUAUGUUCCUUUCCUCAUUCUCUAAAUGCUUCUCCUUGACCAAAUGUUCUAACUUGAAUUCAUAACCAAAUAGCCUUUUAGGACCCCUUCAUCCUAACUUUUUACUUUGUAUUAGGUGUUAAAAAAAGCUUGGCUACGUAUGCUUUGUAAGUCGUCCCUUUAGCUAAUAUAAUUAUCCCAUGUGCAAAGUGAUGAUUCUCUUGAAUAGAGUUAGUUAAAAUAGAGGGCUUAGGCAAGAGGAAAGCUUAUUUAUUAAAUGUUUUGUAUUGAGCAUUGCUCAAAGGAGGUUGCCCCCUUAAGAGGUCCUUGAUAUCUUGUAAUGUGAUUAUGUGAUUUCAAUACAUUAUUGAGCUCUUUAUUUCA